GGAAAUGAUAAAACUUUCGGAGGCAUUAUUGCAGUUUGAAACUGAGCUCAGUGCCUCACCUUUCACAAUGACGGUGAAAGCCUCAGUGAUUUGCUGGUAAUUGGAUCCCGAUCGCUUUGCUGGUGAAGUGGAACUUUCAUGUUGGUUUCUGGACCUUUUGUACUUCCUGCACCUGUAGACGCGAAACGUUAACGUGUAAUCCUGUGAGAAGUGUUUAACUAAAGGGCCGCACCUUUUCAGGGCAGCAGCCAGGAUUGCAGUCUUUUACCUCUGAGAUUCCACUGCCUGACUGGGGUGGGGCUGCUCUUAACUGCUUCGAGAUUUCAUCUUGUUUCACCUGAACUGUAAACACCGAUUCUUUGGUCGUGGAACUAACCCUCGCGAAGGGCAAGAGAGAGACCCAACGCACAGACAUGAAGCACACAGGGGGUCACCCAGACCCACCGGUCCAGUCAAAGUCGAGCAGCAGGUCCAGCAUGCCGCGAUGUCGCAGCUCCAUCGCUACCACUGCCGAGGACACUCCCCACAUUGGAAACUACAGGCUGCUCAAAACUAUUGGCAAAGGCAACUUCGCCAAGGUCAAGCUGGCACGGCAUGUUCUCACUGGCAAAGAGGUUGCUGUUAAAAUAAUUGAUAAAACUCAGCUGAACUCUUCCAGUCUGCAAAAGUUAUUUCGUGAAGUGCGAAUAAUGAAGAUUCUAAAUCAUCCUAAUAUAGGUAAGAGUUUGCUUCUUCAAGCUGACCUUCAGUCUGUGGGGAACUGGCUGGAUCUACUAUGAGACUGUUAAUGGGCUGUUCUAUGUGGAGGUUCUAUGUGUUGAGCGUCUCCUCAUUCAGACCCAGCUGUUUUUGUCGUGUUCCAUCCUUUCUCACUUUGACCCUUCCUGACCCUAACCCUAACCCAUCCCAAUCUGUGGAAACAACUGAUCUGCAUCUUCCCUGUCCACCCCUUUCAGUAUUUUGUAACUUUCAAUGAGAUCACCUCUAUCCUCCAACUCUCCCAAUCUAUGGAUUCCAGAGCCUAAGUUGGAAAAUGUCAGCCCUACAACUUGCUCCAGCCCACCUCACACCAUGGCUAAGCAAAUACUUCCCGGGUUUGGGGAAGCAACUGAGAUUCUCCCCUCUUGAAUUAAUCAUUUCCAAUUCAAGUAUACAGCCUUGAUCAUGUCAAGAUGUAAUAUGGUGGUAAGUGCUGGCAUACAAUUGAUCCUCGCCUUGAAGGGGUAACCUUCCCUCAGAACAGCAGGGAUAUGAGCAUACCAAUUAGGAACAGGCAGAGGCCAUUCAGCUCCUUGAUCCUGCUCCACUGUUUGUGGAGUUGAUAGCUGGCAUGUUCGCAUUGGAGUUCUGCACUCCCAUCUACACACCUCUGCACUUGAUUCCCCAGCCUAAAUAGUUUCAAUCCUCUUCCAUCUUAAAUGUUCAGUGACCCCACCUCAUUUGCCUUCUGAGGCAGAGUUCCAAAAUCAGACAACCCUCUGAGACAUUAAAAUUCUUCUUAGCUUCAUCCUGAAAAGGUAGUUAAUUUUUAAACAGCUCUCUCUAGAUCUAGUCCAAUCUAUCCAAACUUUUGUCCUUAAGACAGCCCACUUUUUCCAGAUAUCGAUGUAGUAAACCUCCUGUGAACUGUCUGCAAUGGUAAAACUCUCCCUGGGUACAAAGCAUUAGCCUCCACCUCUCAUGUACCACAUUCCCCCACUCAGGAAUCCUUUGAACAUGACAGAGGUUGGGGGAAGAUUUGUUUGUGUAACUCUUUCACAGUUUAGUUGCUGAUUGUAUGAUACAUACCUGACUCAUUGCUCUCAAAACAUGUAGCCGCAGGUUGAAAGUUCAGACCUGUGUUCAGUUUUCUUCUUGAUCCUCACCAUUCUUUCAGAAGAUUAAAUCUUUAUU